GGACUAAAUAGUCCAGAAAGGUAGAUCUCAAAGGGCUUUCGGUGCUCAGGAAAGCAUCAAAUACGAGAUCGGGAAUUAAGUAAUAUUCAAAGAAAGAUCAACGAAAAGCAUGCAGUAGAACCCAGAAGCCAUCAAUUGCAGAGAGGUAUCUCAGAAAACAUAAGAGCUUGGACAAACAGAGAUGGCUUCUAAUCUUGACGAAGUGGGAGAGAGGUCGGACUUUCCUAUAGUCUGUGAGACAUGCUUAGGCCCGAAUCCAUAUGUGAGGAUGCAGAGGAUAGAGUUUGGAGGGGAGUGCCACAUCUCUGGCCGCCCAUACACUGUCUUCCGAUGGCGCCCAGGCAACGAUGCACGGUACAAGAAGACCAUCAUCUGCCAGGAGGUGGCCAAGGCGAAGAAUGUGUGCCAGGUGUGCCUGCUGGACCUGGACUACAGCAUCCCGGUGCAGGCCAGGGAUGCUGCGCUGGGAAUAGAGGACGAGGUGCUGCCAGAGAGCGAUGUGGGCAAGGAGUUUAAACUGAAGGAGCUGGAGAACGCAGGCACCUUGGAUUCAUCAUACUCAAAGACGCAGGCAAACGACAAGAUCCUGAAGAUGCAGCGCACGACGCCGUACUACAAGCGCAACCGCGCGCCCAUCUGCUCCUUCUUUGUGAAGGGCGAGUGCAAGCGCGGAGCCGAGUGCCCCUACCGCCACGAGAUGCCCACCACAGGGCCCCUGGCCGAGCAGAACAUCAAGGACCGCUAUUACGGAGUCAACGACCCUGUGGCCAACAAGAUGCUUGCGCGCGUGGACGCCAUGCCCAAGAUCGAGGCGCCUGAGGACCGUGAGAUCAAGACACUGUAUGUGGGGGGCUUGGCGCCAGAGGUGGAGGACCAGGACUUGAGGGACCACUUCUACCCCUACGGAGAGAUCUCCAGCAUAAAGAUCCUGUCGGCGCGGCACUGCGCGUUUGUGACGUACGCGACGCGGCCGGCGGCGGAGCGGGCGGCGCAGGAGCUGCAGCACAAGCUGAUCGUGCGCGGCCAGCGCGCCAAGCUCAUGUGGGGCAAGCCGCAGGAGAAGAGGACGCUUGAGUACCAGGACGGGAUGGCGCCACCGGAGGGGGGUCCCCAGCCACCGCCCAUGUCCAUGCUUCCACCGCAGGUGGCGAUGCAGAUGGGCGGAGCGGUGCCGUUCGGGGCGCCACCGGGCCCCAACUUCUUCAACCUGCCGCCGGGAGGCGCACCGGGGCAGCUCUACCCCUCCAUGGAUCCCUCGCAGGCCGGCACGCGCGCGCAGCGCGACGGCGGCGCCCCCGGCGAGGCCGGCCCGUCCUCCAAGCGCACGCGGGGCCCUGAGGGUGGCUACAUGCCGGGCCCGGGCUUCUAUGGGCCGCCGCCGGGGGCUGCAGGGUUCCCCUCGGGGCCCGGCCGCGGCGGCGCGAUGCUGCCGCCAUGGGCCGGCGGGGCCGGCCCGGGCGGCUUUGGUGGUGGCCCGCGGCCCCCGCCUGGGUGGCGGCCGGGGGGACCGCCCCCCGCAGGCGUGCCGAUGGCGGCCGGGGGGCCGGCAGCCGCGCCCAGCGCCGACGGCAGCUGAUUAGUGCUGUUUUGAGGGCAUGUCUGCCCUUUUGCAUCGUUGCUGCACACAAUUGUGGCAUGCGGGCAGCUGCAGAAUGUUGGGCAUGAACAGAGAGAAGUGCAGUGGCAAGGAUUAUGUCCAUUUGAUCUGGGACAGAUGCGACAGUCCUGUGAUCACAUCUCUACUGCGGUGGUAUAUGAGCAGGUUUGAGUUAUAGAGAGGACGGAGUCUUCUUUGAUCAAGAACUCUGCUAGGUAUUUGCACAUGCUUGAGCUCUCACUGUAAAUUUGAUUAAAGAGC